ACCAAGAUGGCGUCGAUUGACAGCUUCGAAUUUUUAUUUAGAGAAGUUUCACACUUAUUUUCUUGUUACAGAGACGGCCUUGCAUUUAUUGGAACAUAUUAUACACUGAAGAAGGCUUACCAGAUAUCUAAUUAUGUUGUCAAUGGUUUGGCGAACAAUGUUCUCAUUCAACUUCAUUCUAAACGAGAUCUCAGAGUUCAAUUUGGAAUGUGGGCAGUUGUAACAGGAGGGAGUGAUGGAAUAGGUAGAGCAUAUGCUCAAGAAUUAGCUAGUCGCGGUAUGAAUAUUGUUCUUAUUAGUCGAGGGCAGAAAAGACUUUAUGAUGCUGCUAGUCAAAUCAAAAAAAUGUUUAAUGUACAAACUUGUACAGUUGCAGUAGAUUUCUCGCAUACAGAAGGAACUUAUGACAAGAUAAGAAAAGCCUUAGGUGAUAAAGAAAUUGGAGUUCUAGUGAAUAAUGUUGGAAUGAUGUAUGAUUUUCCACGAUAUUUUCUAGAUGUUCCCGCAGAGAAUCUUAGUCAGAUAAUACAAGUGAAUUGUACUGCUGCAACUUUGAUGACUCAUAUGGUGUUACCUGGUAUGUUAAAAAGAAAAAGAGGAGCUGUUGUUAUGAUGUCAUCAGGAGCUUGUACACAGUGUACACCACAAAUGACAGUCUAUGCUGCCACCAAGAGUUAUUUAGAUUAUUUUACCAAGACUUUACAGUAUGAAUAUAAGGGAAAAGGUGUGAUUAUUCAGUGUUUAAAACCUUUCUAUGUGGCAACUAAAAUGACAGAGUACAGUGAAACACUAUCAAAUCCUAAUCUCUGGAUUCCCUCUGCUAGUAUAUAUGCCAGGCAUGCUGUAAAAACAUUAGGUCGUGUUCCAGUAUCAACAGGAUAUUGGCCACAUGCUAUACUUGCCUGGCUUACAGAAUUAAUACCAGAAUUUCUCUGGAUGUGGGCAGCCUCUGGAUUAAAUACAGCAUUAAGAUCUCAAGCUAAACGUAGAUCAAAACAUCGAAAAACAACAGAAUCAGAUCAAUCUAUGGACAGUCCAUCAGACCAUAGUAGCUUUCUUUCACCAUCUACGUCAUUUUGA